ACUAGCUUUUGGUGUCAUGGUGAAAAGUAUCUUGCAAAGCAUUGUUAGUGUGGUAACAGUGUGGCUUGGGUUGUUGCUAGGUUUUCAGCUGUCCUUCUGCGAGGAUGGUAAGUUUUGAAUUUUUGUGUUCGAUUUAGUGUGGUCCAUUUGCAGAGAAUUGUCUCCUGUGGAAUUCCGUUAUCAUUCAUCACAAAAUUGCUAAGCUUGAAAGCCUUCAGCCUGAAGUUAGAGAUAACUUUCUACGAGCAAAGUUCAAUUUUUAACGCUUAUUAUUGUGCACAUUUAAAGGCUUGUAAAAGAAGCUACUAGACUUAAUAUAUAAUCAUGGUUGACAGGACUGGGCAAGUACAUCAGUGGAAAUAGUAGUAGCUGUCAUUUAACUCUCAUACUCAGCGUCAAAAGAUCAAACAUUAGAGUUUAAAGACAACAAUAAUCAAUAGCGACAACCGAACUGAAGAAAAUCUUAAAAUUGUUGAAUUCAAAAAUCUGGUAACAUUCCAAACUCUUUGAAAAGUUGAAGCUACUGAACUUAAUUUUCCAAGUUAGCGUUUCUGAGGACAACAUCAUUCUUAUUCCUCUACGACUCCGAAAAUAAAUUAACGAAAAAUUUUGUAGUUGUUAAACAAACUAGGUUAAAAAUUAACAAUUUAUUGCGAACCUUCAUAAACGUUUCCCAUGUCACCCAAAAAUAAUUUUUGUUAACGGUAAGAAUCAGUUAACAUAUCAAUCUCAGUCAUAAUUAUGUAAGUGAAAACGCCCGUCCGUGGCUCGACAUAUUCUUUUUAUUAACCGGCCGUUUGUAGACUAAACCUAUGGCAAUUGUUGUCAGGAGUUUAUGGAUCCAUAUCCCUAAAGUUGAUUAGACAGUGAUCGGUUGUCGUUUAUUACUCCCAGUUAUAUAAAGCUCCUGAAAUAUGAUCCUCUUCCAUGUGACAGGUCUUUAAUAAAGCAAUUUUACAGGUGAUUACAGGACCGCUACGAACUUAAGUUCGACCCUAAUCAAACUGAUUCACAUUAAACCGACGAUCUGACGGCCUGUAGUCUGAGCUCGUACAAGCUUGCUACUCAGGAGGAAACUAGGUUGGUCGAUCUUACACGAUAUUUUUUGGGUGAUUUGAGUGUUUUUAUUGUUUCGACUCGUUCAUUGGCAUGAAAUGUCUUUACUCGACUGUUCGUUUAUGGCAAUCGAUUCGUUUCACGACCGGAAAGAUACCAAAUUCAACAGAAGAACAUUUAAUUAAUUCCUGAAAUCAAUUGUUUUAACUAAAUACUGUCGGAAUGUUUCAGUGAAUAGACAGUAGAGUCGCCGUAGCCUAAGGCAAUGCCAACUGGUUGUUCGAUUUUAUACGGCCCAGGUGAUAUUGAUAUUUUAAACUGUUUCUUACUUGAGCCCUCUUCGCACUACAACGAAAAAUAGGGUUUGGCGUGAUAUUUUAGUUCAUCAAAAGCAAGAAUUUAUAGCCAUCUAAACACCAACGAAAUACAAAAGAAGACUAAGGAGGACAUCUCCAUAAUUUUAGGUUUGCAUACUACUAGUUUCUACAACAAGCAGGUUCUAGAAUAAGCAAGCACUUAUAAAAGACCUUUAAUUGCGUUCGAAACUCACGUACAGGAGGUCGAUAGCUUAAACUACUUAGUUGACGUUAACUAUAUAAAUUAAAAAAUUAUGUUUCUGAUGUGUUGUCUGUAAAAGUUUUGUUAACCUCGUGCUGCUAUGUAAUUAUGAAAACAUAGCCUCGUGCUGUUCGCAUCAGUCUUAAAAUUGAAAGCAAAUCUUAAAGAACAAUGAAGACCUGGAUUCGGACCAAACUAGAAAUGAAGAUCUAUCGAUCCUCUUUGUACAUAAAUUUAUUGGGAGGUUCGAUUCUCUGGUUCCUUCGCUGUCGAGUUGUUCACUUGAUGGGGUAAGAAACUUUCACUUCGAUAUUUUCUCCCUCCGGCCAUCCAGCGAGGUGUAUAUAAGGACAUCGUCACCGUGCUUUGUUUUAGGACAAAACACUCUUUCUUAAACUAUUUUUACUCGACUUAGAAACCAGCCAAUUGAUUAGUGAAGUCUUCAAGGAUGGACAAAUUUGAAAAAGAUGGAAACGGAUUGCAAUCGUGAUUUUUGAAAACUUGGCAGCCUAAAAGUUUUUCAAAGUUCAGUCUUGUUGUUUGUAACUUUGAUAUGAUACUUGAGAUGAAGCAAUAACUUUGUCAUUCACAACUAAUUUUACAGGUUUAAUGCCAAAUAACGGAGCGUUAACAUAGUCCCUUAAUAUGCACUGACACCUUAUCGUUGAAGGUAUGGUAUCAAUAUUUUUAAGGCCCGUUUACAAGAGCGCCAAAUAUAAAAAUCGAAAAGCUGACGGAUAAAGAUUUUAAAAGAAGAACGACUCGGAUCAAAUUUUAUGUGUAGACGACUUUACCUGUUUCAAAAAAGGGCGAUAGGUUCCUAUAAAUGGUCUUCUUCUGGAACGGAACUAAUAAAUAUUCGAUUUCGUACCAGUAUAUUUGUCUGCUUCUCAGCGAGUAAACGCUUGUACUUUUUCCGAUUUGUAACAUUUAUUGUUUUUUCUCCGGUCUCGCAAAUUCAAAAACAAAGUAGUGCAAACAAUCUCGCAUCCUUUCGCCAGAGUUCUUUUUUUGAGUACCGUCCUGGCUGGGAUGCAUUACAAAACAUAAAUAGGAAGAAACAGACUUCGUCUGGAUUCGAUACUGACUUGUUUCUGCCCAAGCCUUUCUGUCGCUUUUGUCGUUUACACUUGCCUUACGUUUCAGUGGGAGAGAUCUCUCGUCAUCGCUAGAUCCGGACCGAACCUAAUGCCCGGUGGGGUACUCCGGAUUUCUAGUGACGGAGAUGAUUGAUUGGGGGCAAAAAUCAAAACCCAAAAAAUCCCUAGGGGUUCUGACAAAACCCCCCAAAAACCUCUGGCCCAAAAAUAAAUUCUCAAAAAAUCCGAUGCCGAAUUUCUGAGCCUUAAAAAUUUCCAGUAAUAAAAACAUUAGUAAACAUCAUAAGCAGAACUACGCAGCUAGGAUACGCAGGCACUACCACGUACGAAUCUUCAGAUUGUUUUGAGUACCCCAAAGAAUCAAAAGGCUGCAUUACUUGGCAAACUAGCUGAUAACGAAAUCGUAAAAUAGUACUGACUUGAGUACUGCUGCUGUUUUCAGUGGCCUGUUUAAACGGUUGGGUAAGACAUGGAACUUCGUGUUACUACGCGUACAACCACACUACUCAAAAACUUUCGUUUUGGAAAGCAAGACAAUGGUGUCAGAAGCAGAACUAUUCGGACUUGACAAGUGUACUUAGCCAAAAAGAAGAUAAUUUUCUAGAUUAUCUCAUCAAUGCAACACACCUUCGUAAAAGCGAAUCAUUUUACAUUGGACUGCGGACAACAACCAACAACAUUGCCUGGAAGUGGGUGCGCAAAGAACCUUACAACUACACAAACUGGUUCCAGGGAGAAGAACCACCGCUCCCUGCAAGCGGGCAGCCCCAGAAAUGCGCUUUUUACAAUGACACUCAUCAAUGGAUGGUCGAAACUUGGUGUGGAGUGAAACGACUCUUCAUCUGCAAACAGCAACAACCACAGCAGCAGCAACAACAACAAACAAUAACAACAACGACAACGACCACAACAACAUCAACAACAACAACAGGUAAUGAGCAAAUAACUUAUACAAGUAUUACAAAUCGAUAGCCCCACCCUUAAGGUUUCUCUUUGAAGAACGGGACCGGAACCGAAGAAAGUCACAUCCCAGUGAGUUUGUGUUCGCGUUUAUAAUCGCAUACUGCAGCCGUUUUGGAAAUAGGUCCAAUGAACAGUGAUGGAUUGAGCUUAAUUUAUCUGACCCAGAAUCUGCUUAAUCUUCUCUUAUACCUCUUAUCUCUCAGGAGAAGCUUUGUUCCGUACGUUUGUCUCUUGUACUCGCCUAGGCGCCUCUUUUUCACCGGCCUGAGAGCUCCUAUCUCAAAAAUGAAUGCGUUAACACUACUUAUACCGUUCAUUGGUUUAGAUAGUUAAUGAUUGACACUCUCUGAUGAUUGAAACAUGAUCUCUCGUUGUAGUAGCUAGUUUAGUUCGCGAACCACUGGCAAAGUAAAACCUCUGACUAUAAAUGAGUUUCCUUUAUGAAUAGGCCAUUUCCGAGUUCCCUCGGGCCUCUGUAUCAAAACGAGGUUAAGAACUCAGCCUUUGAUAUGAAAAUGAUUUCAUUCUCAUACAAAUAAAACUCAUUUUUACAAGAAAGGUUGUGCACUUGGCCCAGCUCAUUUUAAAAGUGAGGAUUUUUGGAACUCGGAAGUGGCCUACUGUGUACAUAGUACCUUCUAGGACAGGGGAGGUAUACCACCCUCAUGAGAAAAUUUUUGAUUAUUUUUUCUCUCUCAGCUAAAAUAACUGUCGAGACGCGGCCAGGAACUACCAGUACUAAUAUCAGUCCUUUAACUUCUACCCCUACCAGUCCUAUGACAACUUCUAUCCCCAGUCCUACGACGGCUAUGAUAUUGGUGAGUAUCUCGUUAUUUCAAAAUGUUGUUUUCGACUUUAAAAUAUUAUUUGCAUUUUUGACAAAAAAGACAGACAAGCGUGCUAGUGUGCCACUCCUUGAAAAUGAAAUGUAAUAACAAGAAAGUAAGGUUUAUUAAUUAUUUCAAAAUGUAAGAUUUUUGCGAAAAUAAUCUUAGCAAAAUUGACCAAAACAAAAAGACAAACAACCGUGUUUUGUCUGUCGUUUCUAUCUUUUGCUUUCUGAUUGUGAUUAUCCUUUAUUAUUAUUUCUUUGAAAAAGAUUUCCUCAACUGACGAUCCUACGAACCAAGCGUUCAACAAGCUGAAUGAGCGACUCGCUGCACUUGAGGGAGCAACAUUGAAUGAUUCAUCUGCUGAGAAAUACAUGAAGGUAUGAAGGUCCAGGGCCUUUUUCUUAAGUCCUGGGACCGAGAUUGGUAAAGACAACAUUUUGUUUUAAGAUUGACGUUUUCCUUCUACGCCCUGGUAACAUAAAACACACCAUCUCGUAAUAACUCUUUUACUAACACAAGGUUGCAAGUAGGAAAAGCUAAGGAAAGUUUUCACUGCCCGCAUUCUAAAAAUGUGAAUGACAUAUUGAUGAAGAUGAAUAUAAACAUAUGUUUACGGUAAAUGGUUUAUCCGGCAACCAAGAUAAUAAAAACAAGGCUCCUUUCUAUAAAAACCUAAUAUUACAGUCUCCAUAGUCAUAAAACUACUUUAAUCUCCACACUGCUACCUAGGACAUUCAUGUCAUUCUUAGGGAAAGGUCCAAAAGGGACUCGUUUCUUAGUCUUCACCUUCCCAUUAGCAAACAAUUCUUGCAAGAACCACUUGGACAAACAGAAGAGAGGGAAGGCCGGAUCUUGCUGAAGAUCAGGAUCAGCAAUACAAAAUAACACUUAAAACUGAAGGCACGGCUGAUCGGACAGCUAAGGGUUGAUAAUUUACAACUUUAUUUUCUCAAUAUUUCGAUUAGACAAGACUAGUCUUCAUAAGCAGCUCGCAAAGCUCUUCUGGCCCCUGAUGAAGACUAGUUUUGUUUAGUCGAAACAUUGGGCAAAUAAAUUUGUAAACUAUCAACCCUUAGCUGUCGGAUCAGCCGUUUCACCUUCCCAUUUUGCCUUGCGUGUCGAUUGUUUGCAUUCGUGUUAUGUUUCGUGAUCUUUACCGAAGAACCUGCUUAAAAGAGUAACGAGUAAGAUACUGUCAUUAAGCGAAAUGAUAUUUCUUACUGAUGGCAAUCAUUAACCGACUUGUUAGCUCGUUUCUUAAUCACUCCGUAGCUGAAGCCAUAUAACUUCGGAUUGUGAAUGGGGGCCUGAAUUUGUCUCGGAAAUUGUGAACUACGAUCUGGGCGUGCACUAAUCUCAAGAGAAACGUCCCUUCAACCCUUUUGGCUAUAAGUGUUGAUAAUAUUUUUGUUUUUAGGAGCUAGGUGAAGAUCUGGACAGCGCACUAGGUUCCUGGUCAACUGGUGGAAAGUCAUUGGUACGUGUUAGCUUUCAGAUGUGAAAUAAUGGAGACCUUCAGAUUCUAGCUAAGAAAAGAGAACGAAAACGAGAUUAUCUUGAUUCUAAAUAAUAUGCGCGCGUGAACCAGCUUCAUUUUGGCGGGAAAACGUGAUAGCCGUCGCAUUCUACUACGGGUUUUAGCAAAAACUGUCGCAGUGACGGUUUUCGAAUGCUAGAGUUCUUUCUUUUUUUGUAAUCGGGAAGGAGCUUAACCUCCUUCAAAAAAGUGCUAACUUUUCUGCUGAAAAAUAGCGCAAUUAAAUUUUUCGGGGUGUAUAUUUUAGGUUUAAAAACUUUUAGUUAAAUCUCUUCCUCGUAGUCGUCCUCGAAUCUGAGGGUCUUCUAUAAAGAUCACCUGCCACAAUAACGACAACUUAACUUGACUUCUAAUCAUUAAAAGCACGAGUCACUUUUAUUACGAUUUAUUUCCACGAUUUUUAUUUUCUUCGCAUUGCAGUCCCCAGCUGACCUGGGAGAAGCAGUUAAAAUGGGUGAGAAGAUUGGUGAGUUGAUAGUCAGCGGAUUGAAGAGAGGAGGAAAUAUCACAGAGCCAAAGAGCAUUCAAAUAACAACGAACGCUCUUGGUAAGUAUUCCACUCCUUAUGCACACAGCUGUCAAGGGAUGUUAUAAAAUACAGCCAUACGCGGCUAACGCUAACAAACAACUACCCUUUUAGUCCUCGGGUGCAAGGCAAACCUUGGGAAAGAAGUUUCGAAGCGCGCAGGGCACCUUGGGAAGAGCAAGGUAGCGGACACCCCACCUUCUCAAGGCCAUAUGCAUUCCCGUGUUUCUUUGCGCGUUUAAGUGCCUGCGAAGUCCGAGGUAGCAUUUUGGCGGUCUCUUACGGGAGUUUCGACUGUAUUACACCUUUUGAAGUAGAACAGGUUAUGAAGGGCAAAGCCAAGUCACAAAUAAUUUCCUAUGUCAUCAACCUUUGUUCACCUACCCACACACGCAUCUCAAGCUUCGAAAUGCCUCAUCCCCUCAUUGACAGAAGUAGUCAUGACGACUAAUUGUACUUUGAUGUCGUAGCUCUUGGAAUCGAUGUUGUACCUUCCGCCUCUGCUGAAAAUAGUACGAUGUCCGUGUCGUUCCCACUAGACGACACAGAAACCAACAAAAUUAAACUGCCUGCUUCUUUGAUAUGGAAAGCACAGAGCUCAGGUGAUCACUGUACACUUACUUUAUAAAACACUGAGAGAAGCUGUUUUGCAUUUAUAUUUGUUGCUCCCUUGAGAGUGAGGUCGAUCAAGGGAGAAACCUCACUUACUUACCCCGAAAAGAAAAACAGGACGUCUCUGACAGUAGAUUCCAUAUUUCAGGAAGGUGUACAACAAUAUCGACCUAAGGAUCAUGGUGCAAAAUAAGUUCAGAUUCUAAGAAUGGCGUUGUAAGGAAGACACGGUUCAAAUCUCAGAGUUUCUUGUACCACAUACUAGCUUUAGACCGGUUUGACAUCGUUCAAUCAGUCCCCUGGGUGUGGUCAUCCCCAAGACGUAAUUAGGGUAUAGAGAAAUCCCGCCGAUAUGUUAACGUUCGGUCCAGGAAAGUUUGAUCUUUUUAACAAGGUACAAGAUCUCGUUUCACAUUACGAUUAUCAAACUAAGCGUCUUUGAACUAUAUGACUGCAAAUACACGAAAAAAUAUUCCAGAAGUUUCUAAUCAUUCAAAUCGUUAUUGCACUUUUUAUGAAUUACAUAGAUGUGUUAAGUCUUGUUUAACUUGAUAUUCGUUUGUUGCUUUAGAUGGAGUUUCCGUUACCCACGUUCUUCUUCCCACUGUCAGCGCAACAGCGGAUCCUCAAACCAAACGGUGCGCAAGCAAAAUUAUUUUUGUUUUAUCUACAGUUUAAGCUCUGCCCACGCGCGUGUGUAUGUGGAUGCUCCUCUUUUCAAAUGAGAAGACUGUACUCAGAAACCUAUCAGGCGGGAAAAUGUGAGGAUUAAUUGGUAUCGUUAAAAUUUCGAAUGAACGUCAUUACGAGAGGUACUGCGGUAACAGUUAAGGAUCUCCAAAGGUGAAAGUUUCUUAAACUACUAUUCGCGACUUAGUAGCAAGUGUUCUCCAAAGGGUAUCCAAAAAAUAAGAGGCACUACUCCAUGGAUUUUUCGGUGGCAAAAGUCAAAUUAGCUGGUAGCAAAACCAACCUCUCUCUCUCAAAAUAUCAAUCUAAACCACACACACAAUAUCUACUAAUUAAUGAAUAGCUUAGUUUCUGGUGAUGGACAUAACAUCGUCAUAAUAAUUUUUUUUUGUCCUGAUUUAACAGAGUAUUGAUCUCAGGGAUUAUUGCAAGCACUAUUCUGUUCAGUAAUGGAAGCAAGUUCGACAAUUUGAGCGAGCCUGUUAUCAUCAGACUCUCGGCGGAUAAUGAGGUAAACAGCCACUUCUAAUAGUAGCGUUAAAGACAGGUACCUUAAAGAUGGAUAAUUUACUGACUUGAAGAAAGAAUAUCCUCACUAGGUUAACUAAUGAUGGACUACUAAUUUAAGGGCACUUUGACAUUGAGAUGAUGAAGGUUUGAGAGAAAAGUAAGAGCGCCAAUCUUAGGGCGUUGGUCGGGAUACGUGAAUUCUAUCAAAGUUAUUUUUAGAGAAAGUCUGCUUCCUGAUACGUCCGCACAUUUUGAUCGAUUAUUUGAAACGUCGUCAAGACCACGCGCGACUACCUCAAAGCAAGCAAUGCAGAAUAUCGUAAUGGCGACUUUAGAAUUCUCUCUUGACAACACUGAAUAAAAGUUUCGCUCCUCCCACCUACUCUGGUAACGAUUGACGUCGCAUACCCUCAAAAAUCAGCAUACCUAUUGUCCUGGUAUGACUGUAAAUAGAUCAAUAACUAUGUGAAAAGUGGGGGGGAGGGGGUUGUUACUCCCAAUAAUUACCUAUACUGCAUGGGACUCCGCCACAAAGGGGUACAUUAGUAAUUCGUCAGGUAUAUCAAAGGGUAAGAAAUUUACGAUCUUAUCGAAGGAUCGGAAAAUCUAUAUUUUAAUUUAAGUAGCUUAAAUUGGAUAGCUGUUUCAAGAAGGCUUGCCUUAUGGCAAUGUCAUUUCUAGUUAUUAAAUACUAGACGAAAAUGACAUAAAGACGUUUUGUUUUAGCCAUUUAGUCUUAUCAAGUGUGUAUACAAAAAAGUGCUAUUUUUGAUUGGAAGGCAUGCCAAAAGGAUACCUUUGCUGUCAUGUUGGGCUGAGCGUCGAGUCUCCCCGAAUAAAACUUUGUUACGUAACCCCCCCCCCCCCCCCCCCCCCCCCCCCCCCCCCCCCUCGCCGAGUGGUGUGUUUGUCUUCUUCCUUUCUUCUUGUUUUUUUCUUGUUUUUUGUUGUGUAUGCAGAAUGAAAAAAAUAUUAUUUUGUUUACGAAGUGUAUUUUAAUUUUGAAAUACUAGAGGAAAACAGAAUAAAGAAGUUUUUUUUUUGUCAUUUAGGACUAAUAAGUGUGUAUAAAAAAAAGUGGUUUUUUUGUAUGGAAGGCAUCGCAAAAAGGAACCUUUUCUGGCCGUUUGGGCCGGGGGGGCGGUCCCCCCCGAAAAAACUUUUUUAAGUUACCCCCCCCCCCCCCCUCCCUCCUGGCUCUGUGAGAAGCAGGAGUUUUUGCUUCUGCCUCUGCUGCCUUUGUUGCUUUGGUUAAAGCUAAUGAACACCAAAGUUGAAACCCAUUGUUUUAAUUAGGCUGAUGCUGAGUCUCAGAGGUUCUGUGCGUUUCUGGAUACAACUAAUGAGUAAGUGUUACUUGUUAACAAAAAUCGUCUUUAUGAUCGUCUCGUUUCAGUCAUCAUUACAAUUCCGAGGAGAGAACGUCCAUACUUUUCAGGAGCACAAAGUAAAUACCGUUUAUGAAAGAACUACACACGCAUGCAUGUUAUGUACUCAAGAAGCUUUUGUGAGUAAAACAUUGCACAUAUCCAUUACAACGCAGCCAUUUUGGUCGUCAAGCAAUGCUCCUUCUCAACACUGUGUUGCGUGAGCCAUAAAGUAUAUACCGAGAAGACAAACUUGAUUUCUUUUCCUCUGUUUUUGACAGUUCCUGGUCCUCUUCUGGAUGUGUUGUUUAUCGCCAGGACCUCACCUAUACUGAGUGUCACUGUUAUCACAUGACCAGUUAUGCCGUUCUAAUGGAUGUACACGGAGCAUUUGUUAGUUUAAAUUUACAUGUAUUUCUCUAUUAGGGUGUAUGUCCUGAGAAGCGCGGGAGGGGGAACUUUAGGAGUUUUAGGGUUGGGAUGUGUAGCUGGUACUCUGGAAACCUUAGCCGAUACCAGACCUAGUAUAUCUGAAUUCCGCUUCCCUACGCUAUAGACUAAACUCCUAAUGGCCUGCUUAUCCUAGAGUCGCUAUUUUCCACCUAUCAGCGCUUUCUUUGCUAUUAAACUGAGUUACAGGUAAAUUCAAACGAUUUCAUUUUUCCAAGCGACAGUGUUCGGUUUCCUAGCUUUAGACUAGAAAUUUCAACCAACUGAUCAGUUUCCUGGAAAAUAAUACCUUAUUCUAAACCCAAACUCUCUUAAUUUGAAUGUCUUUGUAACAGAGAGAGUUUAUUGGCUUUUUACAAAUAUUUCUACAUAUUGAGUUUGAUGAAAUAUUUAGCUCGUCCUCCUGAAAAGGGUUACAGUACCAGGCUGUCAGAUUGAAAAGAUUUAAUCGCUGAAGAAAAAAGCUAUCCACGAAACUUCUGUGUCACUUUACCGCAGUAACCUCCAUACUCUGAAAUAAUUCUUUAAAGCAUAGGGGCAUUUUAAAAAUUGAGGGGCGCACAGUAAACCUCACAUUUUGUUCUCCGUCUCUUUUGUUGGCCCCCACAGGAAUCUGAUGCCAUUUCCGAGAAGGAUAAGUUUGUUUUAUCCACUGUCUCGAUUGUGGGAUGUCUGAUAGCAUUCGUUUGCUACAUCAUUUUGCUUUGUACAUUUUACUUCCUCAGGUAAUACAAAUUGGCGUUAAUUUAUUAACACAAAUGAUAAGGUCCCCACAACCUUUCCGUGAUAUCUUGCUUACCAGGCCUUUCCUGUUUAUCGAGCGCUCAAAUCAGCGGCGAAGCCGCGAGGAAAAUGGGGCUCGGCUUCGCGGUUCGUUCGCGUGUGCUUUCGUAAGGUUUUUUCCCCGCUCGUCAAACAAACCGCCUGCUACGCAGGCUAUUUUCGUUACACCCUGAUUAUUCUAGUUGCUAACGCAUGCAAUGCCAGGACAGAGGACUAGAAUGUUACAAUUAAUUAUGAUGCCAUCUGGUAGAUACCCGUUAUUGUAAAAAUGCAUAAUUACUGUUAAGUAAAAACAAACUGGUAAUAGAUGAUAUUGGUCAAUUUUUCACACACAGGAGACGGACAGAAACCACGUCUAUCCAUAUGCAUCUCGCUGUAGCUGAAGCUUUGGCCAUUUUUUUCUUUCUUAUUGCCUACGCUGCCAAUGGUAUCAAGGUAUAAACACGCUUCUUCACUUUGAACUUCAUCAUUCAAUAACAUGUAGUUCCCUAAGGUGAUAGCUAUAGCUGUGGAUAUUUUCUUAAAUAACGGGAACUACAGCUUGAGCUACUCCCAAGGGGGAAUUAGGGUGUUUUGUUGGAAAGGGGUGAAAUUGAUAAUACCAACCAAAUGUAGAAAGGGUAUACAGAUAAACCAGUCAGUCCACUAACGGGCUAAGGAGCACCUUGAAAAAGUAGACCACGAGCAGUCUCUCUUUUUUCUUGGUCCGUCGAGCAAAACGCGCGAGCGGCUUCACCACUCGACGCUCGCGUGCACGUGCUCUCCCCUCACUAUUAAAAUCUGAAGGAAAACUAGAGACUGCUUGCAGUCUUUUGAAAAAGUAGCGUAUUAUCUUUUCUUUGUCUACUUUAAAAUUAUUCCCCUCACAUUUUAAUUUAUAACUUUCCUAGCCUGCGAGCAAGCUCUCCCGGAGCGCUCAGGCGGCGAGUCGAAAAAGGAGGGACCUAACCCUAAUCUCUUCCCUCCCCCACCCCCGUACCCCCGAGAACCCCAGGAGAGUUUGCCUGCAGGCUAUAUCUUUCCCUCCUGCCAUCACCAAAUUAUUUUAAACGUACCCGCCUACCAGUUGUUUUUCACCAGUUAAAAACACUCUUAUGAUUAUCCAAAAUUUUGCUUAAUGUUUGCCCCAUUUUAAGUGCCAAGAGCACGUACCUAACUUAGGAUGCAUUUCUAAAACGUCCUGUUGUAACGUCCGCGCCCGCAAGGUUAUUUAAUGCAUUCAGUAAUUGACAUUAAAGAUUGUAAGGAACGCCAUAAACAUAAGUCAAUGGAAUAUAUUGGUCUAUUUUAUGGGCUAGACCCGCCCUAGUGUUAAAGUUUGUUUAAAACAUGGCCCCGGGUCUAGAAAGUUGACGAAAUGUUUGAGAAACAGCCCUCUGGAAGAAAUGCUAGUAAGUCACGAACUUGCGCAUGCGCAAAUCUUGUCAUAGUCUUGUCAUAAUCGUGAGGAGAUUACCCUUGUCGUUCAAGAUAAUCGCUAUGGCUGUCGUUUCUUUAAAAUACACGCUUUCCCAAAGAUUUUUGCGCCCAUUACACUAGAACGUUAUAUAAGCCUUCCAGCUCUAGGUAUAGCCACACGCAGACUAGGUUUGAAGGCCGACGUGCGUAAGCACGUACCUACUCGAAGUUCACUUCUUCGUUAGUUAUUAUAGCACCGUGAAAAAUUUAUUCUAAAUUACUAAAAUCUUGUUUGACAAUUUUAGUCAAUAUUCUAUCCCUUGUGGUCCUUUUGUCAUUAUUGCAUGGAGGCCAAGGGUGAUGUUACUUCUCCAAAUGUUUUAACAGGGAGUUUGUUUUGCCGUCGCCGUCUUGCUGUUUUAUUUUCAACUGGCAUCUUUUUGUUGGAUGUUGGUGGAGGGCAUUAAUCUCUUACGUGGAUUGGUAAAAGUCUUCCGAGUUACCAGCCGGUUGAAAACUUACUACCUCUUCGCCUGGGGUGAGUCUCAUUCUUUUACUUUUUCUGCUCCCGAUUGGUAGGUGACCUCUCCCAAUGUAUAAGGGAAUUCGAAUUCCGGAAUCAAGAAAAUGUUUGCUUGUGAAAUCCGGAAUCCGGGUAAAUUUUGUUCGUGGAAUCUUGUAAUCCUGGGCUUUGGAAUCCGAAAUACAGUUUAAAGAAUUCGGAAUCCAUCAGACGAUUAGAAUCCAGAAUCCAAGUUCCACUCAAUGUCCAGUACAGUGAAACCCCGUAAAUACGGACACUAAGGUUUCCAUAGAAAGUGUCCGUAUUAACGGUGUAUCUGUAUUAAGCAGGUUGAAUUUAGAGAAAAUGUAAGGGCUUUCUUUUCCCAGGGACAAAGCAAACUGUCAAUCCGUAAUGCAGUCAACUCCGCUAUAACGGACACUCCGAUUAUAAUGACAACAGCUAGAUCCCAAGCAAAAAUAAUUUACAAACGUUUGACUAAAGAAAACUCCCGCUAUUACAGACUCUCGCUAAUGAGGACACUAACUCAAGGUCCCUACCCUUUCCGCUAAGAAGGGAGUUGACGUUAUGAGGUGUCCGUAAAGUGGGGUUUGACUGUACGUGGAAUCAGGAAUCCCGAUGUGGAAUCCAGAAUCCAAAACUGUAUUGUAUUCCCUUAGAGGGGGCGACUGACCUCUUACUUUUAGCCUGUGUACAGCUGGCCGCCUCUUCCCUGGUUCUCUUUGACGGAAGGGGGGGUUGUACACAGGCUACUCACUGUCAACAAUCUUGACGACACCACAUCAUCGACUCAGACUACCCUACAGACUCGCAAAUAUAUUGCGCCACAGGGGGCAAAGGAGCUGUGUUUAACACAAUUUUCGCAAGUUUCAAACGAAACUGAUCGUAUCUUUUUCCUUCCGACAACAUCACCCUUCGAGUGGCAAUCGUUCCUACCCAGACAACCACUUUCAACGCCAUCUGACCACAAUCCGGCCUGACUUGAAAGACGAUCGCAUGAGAUUAUUAUCAGUCACGUUUGUCUGAACAGCUACAGUCGCACCUCGAAAAAACUGAAAUCAAUGUCAAACGCAACUACUCUGCCCCCUGUUUUCGGACUGUCCGGAGAAUGGGGUUGUCUAAUUGACGGACACUGAGAUAGAAAAAUCGGACCGACCGACAGGUCUGCAGGAUUACCACUCCACUGAUGAAUCGUUUACUGGCAAAUAUACAGACGAAGUAACCGCAAUCUCGGAAGUGUGUUUUUGAGGUUGUCUCGCCCCACGUAAGGAAAUAAGGAAAUAUCCGCUUUCCGGAAACUGUUUUUUUUUGCUUGUAAAGUCAAGGCUUUGGAAUCCGGAAUUUAGCUUAAGGAUUCCGGAAUACGGCUAGAGAUUGGAAUCAGGGAUCCAAAUUCUAAUUACAAAGAAUCCGAAAUCCAAACUGUAAAAUUGUAAUUUGUCUAACCACGGAGCACUUAGGAGUUCAUGAGAACUCGCUGAAACGUGUCCGUGUGUUCCAGAUCAAACUGGAAUUUGAAAGUGUUGGUUUUUUAAAAGGAGAGGGGAAAAACCAGAGUACCUGGAGAAAAAAAUCUCGGAGCAAGGGAGAGAACCAACAACAAACUCAACCCACAUAUGGCGUCGAGGCCAGGAUUCGAACCCGGGCCACUUUGGUGGGAGGCGAGAGCUCUCAUCACUGCGCCACCCUUGCUCUCUAAGGAAUCCGGAAUCCAAGACUGUCUUGGAUUGCCUUUCACGCGGCGAGUUGUCUCUUAUUGUCGUGUAUUGUGUGAAAGGGAUCCUUACCCGCCUGGGUUGGAUGUGGAGUAACCUUUGGAUAAGUCACUGUAUGGUGGUCAGUGAGUAGCAAUGGAGUGUACGAGAUUAAAUUGACACUAGAAGCUUCCUUAUUUAGCUAGCAAACACAGCUGUUUCUCCUAGUUCCUCGCCCAUUGAGACGUUUUGUGGGAGAGACGACUAUAUAAUUAUUCGGGCUACGUCCUGAUUUGAUGUAUAAAUGACUCGUGCUUUGAUAUCUUUUUAGGGCUUCCAGUGAUUGUUGUGGCAGUGAUAUCAAGUAUUUUUCGCCAUCAGUUCCUCCGAGAGAAUUUGUAAGUUAAAUUAAUUGUUUCACUUUAAUUUGGUAUGUCUCUAGUACAGUGGGAGCUCAGCUCGUAAGCGGACACCCUCGGAACGCAAAAAAAGUGUCCGUGACUGGAACUGACCUCUUACAGGAAUGUGGAAAUACAGAGUUUGUAUGGGUGUUGAGAAAAACGGUGUUUUGUGAAGGUGGCCGUAAGAAGAGCUGUCCACUAACUGUCCGUUACGAGAGCUUCCACUGUAAAAUUUUUCAACUGUAACACCCGAUCACGUUGUCCCGCCAAAAUGACCCUGGCUUACGCGCGCGCAUUACUUAGUAUUGAGAAAAUCUCGUACUCGUAGUGGUCUUCGUCCUCGAAUCUAAAGUUCUCUAUCGAAUGAGGCUGAUAACGAAGUGAAGAAUUAUGCAGAUCGAGGAGUCUGUUAUUCACCGAGGCGCUGAUCUAUUGCCCAUGUUGCCUCGUUUCCGGGCAAAUAUACCAUCGAUCUACCUCGCUUCCAAGCCAGUUUACCAUCGAAUUAAUGGUAUAUUGCUAGAAUCUGCCAAAUUUGGUCAACGCCGGUUGGUUAUGAAGAAUUAGCCGGGGCCUUUGAGCCAAUCAAAAACGGCGAAAUAUUUUGAAUGAAUAAUAAGAAGGGUAGUUAUUAAAGUCUUUGUAAGACAUAUAAAUUUCUAUUCAAUUCACAGUUGCUGGCUUUCUCAUGGAUUAAUCUGGGCGUUUGCUGGACCUGUGGCGUGCGUUCUUGCUGUGAGUAGUAAAUUCAACCCAAACAAGUACGACUUCUAACCGUUAUCGAGAAAAUGGGAAAAGCAUAAAUUACUCUAGUAUAUAAAAAUAAAUUAAGAAAAACUCAAUUGAGACAUUUAAGUCGGUCGCACUUAGAGUUCUCGUCUUGGUAUCGUUACUGGCAAUGACCGUGUGCUGUAUUAUCCUUUGCGCACAGUACGAGACUCUGUAGAUAUUUUACGUUGCUGUUUUAGUCGUUCUUCCCAAACAGCUACAGACCUGAAAACAGCAGCAUAUGAUUCAUAAAUAUCUUUUCUUCAAAAGCAAUAUGAAAGCUAACUCGUAAACUCAACCGUCUUUCUGAAAACGUUGCAUUUCCAAGUACGGUGUUGACUGUUUCUCACCUAACAAAAGAAGGUAUAGAGCUUCAAAGAAAAUAACGAGCUUUCAAAUUUACCGACGUGUGGUCGCAAAAAUUCCCGUGUAUAUCGCGCAAUUCCUUGGUGAUGUACAUGUUUGCUCAAGUAAAAAACUGUCUACAGCGCUAUGAUUUCCAGAAUCGCAUCGCGUGGACGCUAAAGCCUGAUUAGCAAAAUUGCGUAAAAAAGACUAUGCUGCAUCAACCCGCCACCUAAGAGAGGAGAAGGAACUGGAGCCGACAUGUGCCCCGCAAUUGUUUCUGGGAUCGUUGCUGGGGUCGCGCUGGUCAGCUAUUGGUCAAUUUUUUUCCCUUGUGCCUAGUGACCGUCCCAGAAGUCUUUCCUAAAGUUUACUCUGACCAAAUUCCUUGUCGCGUAACUAAACUGGCGAACGGUCGCCGAACUUCAACAUUGUAAUCAUUUAUGUGUAUUGAAUCCACAUGCAGGUGAACUUAGUCGUUCUCGUGAUGGCAAUAAGGAUUGUUGUACGGAGGGCUCGUUACAAAGCUAAACCGAACGAAAAAAAUACAGCAUCAAGCUUUCAAGUUGAAAUAAGGUAGGCAUUUAUGUUUAGCCCCCACUGGUAUCUGCUUAUUUUUGACGGAUCUGUUGAAAUCGAUAUACUUAAUAUGAAGCCAAGUUAAGUCUUGUCAAGUGCAAGGGACUGCGAGGGAUAAUGCAGGGGUUUUAGAGGCUAAGAAAAUAUUCUUUUUUUCCACCGACCAGACUGACUACUUCCAUGGGUCUUCGAGGAUGGGCUAUAUGCGGCUAUCGCUUUUUUUUUCACUUCAAAACCGGCCUUCUUUACUUAUUAUAAUCUUAAAUAUCCUAGCCUAAGAAAACAGACGACGUUUUGCGACGCAACCAACGGUUUCUCCGCGAAAUGACGUCUGAGAAAAGAGCGCAGAAAUUCCAUACUGAUGACGUGUCACUACCUAGAUCUGGGUAGUGCUUCUGAUUGGUUGACGCAAAUUUCCCACGCCUUGUGACCAUUCAGAAAAACUACCCAGAUGUGGGUAGUGACGCGUCAUCAGUAUGGAAUUUCUGCGCUCGUUUUCAGACGUCAUUUCGCGGGGAAACCGUUGGUGGCGUCGCAAAAUGUCGUCUGUUUUCUCAGGCUAUAAAUGUACUGCAUAUCCUAGUGUUAUUAUGCCUAGUUUCUUCACAUUUGUCCUGAUCGUCUAGCCCUCUAUCGCUCGAGUUGUCUAAAAAUGUGUUCCCAGUCAAGCUCCUUACCCUUUCAUACCAAUUUUGACCGGAAAGGUUCCCCUAUCGUAUACUUACUAAAUGCACUGGCUUUGAAAUAUGCAAAAAAUCACAAAACCAGAACUUUUUGUGGACUUUUUCACAGACCGAAAUGACACAUUUUCCUAUCCUUUCAUAUACCUCAAUUAGCAAGAGAGAAUGUUUACCCUUUUAUUUACCCAAGGCUGAAAUAGGUUCCCCCUUUCGGGUGAAGCCUUUCUGUAUCGGCCAUUUUUGGGGUACCCCCGGGGAUGUGUUCAGGCGUUAAAAACAGUCAGUGAUGGAAAACAACUGUCAGUUGUUAUCGUCCCAUAAAUUUAAGACAAACGGGAAAAUCAUAUGGAAACAAGGCUUUUUAAUUAGUUCGAACGAAAGAACUCGCAUGCUUUUCACGCAACUUUUUGCCCAAUCCCUCUGCUACUUUACAAUGUGAAGAAUCAGUUGGUCAAUGCAAUGUGUUCUAUUCUCAGGGCGGCGUUUAAGACAGCGGUGAUUCUAAUGCCUUUGUUAGGUGUGACAUGGCUUCUCGGAUUUAUAUCUAUUCAUGAGAAGUCGCCAGUGUUUCAGUAUCUCUUUGCUGUUAUCAACUCUAUGCAGGUAAGCUUUAUGUUAUAAUUCGCCUUUUAAGAAAUGAAAAGGAAAAUGGCGGGAAAAAAAUUGACCAAUAGCUGACCCGCGCGUCCCCAGUAACGAUCCUAGGAACAAUUGCAGAAUGCAUUUCGGGUUCUGUUCCCUUUUAUUUAGUUUGUCUGAAACCAGAGUAGAGGGUGAGAGCUCGGGGAGGGAGAUUGAGCAAGUCAAUUGACCAACUUAAAUUAACACAAAUUUCCUCUCAAAUGCCUGUUUAUCGUAAGUGCCUAAAUUGGUGCUCAGAUUUCCCCCUCUAUGAAAAAGUUCACUGAUCUCGUAGAACUUAAUUUUUAGUGUCUGGUUAUCCUUUUUUGGCGUAUCUUAGUAUUUGCAGUGUUCAUCGUUUUGUUUCGUUCUUUACUUUCUUUAUUUUUUUUCACAGGGAGUGUAUUUCUUGAUCGCCCAGUACUUCUUUGACGAUGAUGUGAGUACAUAUGUAUAGUCUCGAUAAAUGUAAAGUGACUAUAGCUAAUACCAGCUGUUCCAAAAACAAACCGAAAUAUUGUUAGACUGUCCAUGGUACCUCUUCCGUAACAUCGUCGGGAUCACGGUCUCUUGCGCUUCGUCACCGGUCACUCGUGUUUUGUGCUCGCCUCUAGCUGUGCGAAAAACGAAGCGCUUAAGUAGGAGGCAGGUGCUUACCAUUAUGGGCGGUCAUGGUUUCAAAUGUACCGAGUCUAGCCUGGGGAAAAGUAUGAAAUCUACUUUGGGGGACCUCCUCUGGGUACAGUUGAAACCAAAAAUGGCUGCCCGUAACGGUAAGCGCAAAAUAGGGGACUACUCAACCAUCCUUAAUAACGACCUUGUUUAUGCAUGUCAUUAGCAAUUGAGGCAUUUUAGAUUUUAGCUUAAUUUGAAUCACACUUUUAAUUCCGUCGGCGAUGCCAGAGGCCCUUUUCUUGUAGAUUAUCAACUUGACUUUGUCAUAGGAUGUUGGGCAAUUAACAACUCCUAUCUUUUUUCAGGUCAAACGAAACGCACACCGUGCAUCUAACCGAAUGAAAAGAUUGUUCAGCUUGUCUUCAACAAAGUCCACCCGCUCCAGCUCUUCCUCUGAACGCAGAAGGUCUAAAUCUCUCAGUGACAAAAGACCUGCCUUGACAAUGAGACCUAGUUUAGUAUCUCCUCAAGAAAGCAUUCAUAAGAAAGAAACCAAGGAUGAAAACGCGCAUGCUUGCAAACCCAGUUUGACUGAUGACGAACGGAACAACAACAGCAACGGGAAUCAUCUAUGCAAGAGGAAAAGUAUAACCUUUCAACAGCCAAUUACUGCAGAUCAAGAAGACGGUGAAGGCAAGAUUGAGUCUCCUCGACUCAACGGAGGAGUCCAGCAGAAAAGUGAAAAAAAUUGUUCGGAUUUUACCCCGCUAAGUACUGCAGGCAAAAAGGAGGAAAGUGAAAAGGACAUGAUUGGCUGCCAGCAAAGUUCAGCAGAUGAGUAUGUACAGGGCAACGACGAGACCACUAGCGAAACUAAGCAAAACACAACAGAACUCCCAAAUAGUGGACAUGAGCAACGUGUAAAAAAGAUUGAGGUGACACCGUUUAAAUCUCCUCGCUUCAUCGUAAAUCAAGAAAAGGACUCACAGGAAAUUCCUGACGAACAGCAAGGCAACCAGAAAAACGUGGUUUCUUGUACAGGCGAUAAACAGUCAUGGAGCGGUGGUGAUGACUUGGAAUCUAAGUACACUGCAGCAAACGAAGACAAAAACUGUUCAACUGAAAACGUGGACUCUCAGCAAGAAAAACAAACAAAUCAACAACAUUACCAUCAUAUUCACCACCAAAAUGACAGAGACCAAACGAAGCUAGAGAUUGAGUGGCUUCCUUCCAGACAACCAAGCCUCUGCGCAUCAAACAACUCUAAGCUCUAAACGAAAACUUAAGUGACACCCGAUUUUAGAUUAAUCAUCUCAAGGGGAUAUUCCAAACAUCGAGAAAUGACAGUGUGAUAGACCCACAACUGACUUGUUCACCGGUUACUUUUCCAAACCAAGGUCAUAUGAAUUAUUCUGUACAAAGAACUGUAAAUAACUUGAGAUCAAUACGAGAAGAAGAAUGGCAGCAAACUUUGAAUCUCCCAUCUUGAGACCAAUUUUUCAAUGCCGCCAGCUCUAUGCCAAAGCAUUCUUUGAAGGAAAAGACAACUUUUGACAUCAAACUGGAGGGAACUUUGAUUGUGAGCUAGAUGAAAGGAGACUACUACAUUUGACAGUGCCGCCUGAACAGACUCCAACCAAUUGCUCGUACCAAUAUAUCCUCUUAUUCUCUUCAGGGUACGAACACUCAGUUUAAAUAGCCUCGGUGUAGAGCUACUCUUGGGCUAGAAAGUCUGCGUAGCUGGUGGCAUUUGUUGGGAGCUACUCCGUGAUUAAUUUUACAGGUGCUUUUGUUGAAGAAUGGCAUAAAUUCCUCGCAGCGGCACUUCGGCUAAAACGCGCUCCCGAUCGUUGAUCCUGCCAGCCACGACACAGGCCAAAGGUUAGGUAAAACUGCAUCUGUAGUUUCGUCUCAUGAGCCGAGCUUACUUUAAACGAAAUAUAUACUUCUUCACACCAAGGCAAUUUAUCAGUGGAAGGUUGAUAUAGAGAGAACUUUUGUGGUACAUAUAGUCAACCACACAAUUCGAGUUCCCCGAAAAAACUGGUAAUGGUCGAACCUAGCUGACCAGAACGGCCAACUGGGGGCAGAAGAGACGUUUUGGAAAGAUUAAAACAACUUUGAAUGUAUCCACGGGGUUGAAAGAAGUAGAGAAGUGGCAUUCAGAGGCAGUUUCGACUGUGUUACUGUGAAAUACAAGAGAGCCAGAACAAGCGCGUCACUCCUGAACGUAAUUCUUGAUUUUGUAUCAGUUAGCAUGUUAAUCUGCAAAAUUAAGUUGACGUUCAGUCACAGUACAAUGGUGAUUAAGAUCUCAGUGUCUCUAGAUUUUAGUCACUCUUGUGAGAGUUCAUUAAAACAAUGAUUCCGUGUGUAACAAAGCAUGGCUUUUUGUUUAGACCAAGUUAAUAAACUAAAGCCUGGUUCUCACACGCCGCCAAAGCAUCUGCGACAUGACCGCUGGUACUGCCUGGGAUACCGUGUUCCGAUAUGAGAACAGAUGUGGCUGGCAACGUUGGUCAUUUUAGUCUUUAUCGCCGACAUGCCUGCUAAGUUGACUCGAGUUCAACUUCGCAGGCAUACCGGCGGUAAAGCUCUGCGAUGGCUCUAGUUACCGGCAGUGCAUGUUCUCAUUCGUCUGAGAAGUAGCCCAGUCGGUACCUGCGGCUACGCCGCAGACACAUCGGCGGCAUAUGAGAACCAAGCUUAACCCGUACGGCUGGGAAAGGCUAUGCGGUGUGACCACAACCCAUUUUUUUCCAGUUAACUGCAACAUAUAAAUAAAGCUUCACGAAAGCUGGCAAGGAUCACAGAGAAGAAUCCUGCGAGUUCUAAAAACACGAAAAUCUGAGGGCGACGUUAUCCCUCCAGGAAACCAUACUUAAGGGUAAAAAGAUCUGGGCCCCGGUUGUUGAAACAUUGGAUAGCGCUAGUGUUAAUGAUCAAGCUCAACGUUAAUACAAUUUACUUCUUUGAAACGAAAAUAUGAUAAUUUCUUAUGAAAACUUGAUUCUUUGUAGUAAAACCUC